AUGCCCGCCAUCAACUUCCCCCGAUCGACCUCAGUCCUGUCUCACAAAACCAUCGGCAAGCGCAGCUGGGCUGGUGAAGAGCCCGGUGUGAUUCUGGAUUUUGUCGUGGUCUUCAUCGUGCUCUGCGGGAUACUGGCGCUUAUUGUCCAAAAAGCAUGGCGAAAUCGUCAGGCUGAGAGGGCGGAAUGGGAGAUAACAGAGAUUAAGGAUUAG